AUGCUCUGUUGUACCGAGUCUCAGUACACAGGUCUGUCUACGCAGGUCCGGAUGAUUCCUGGUCUUUGUUCGGCCUGUAAGGAGAAUCUACGCAAUAUUUUCUGUCAAAUGACUUGCAGUCCCAACAACAGUCUCUUUCUGGAUGUCAGUGAGGUUCGGAUCAUGGGAGGCGACGACGAGCACCCAGACGCGGUGUUCCCUGCGGUAGAGGAACUCACGUACUACGUGGGCAACGACUGGAUCCGUGACGUUUACGAUUUUUGCGAGGACGACAGCUCUUUCUCUCUGCUGUGCAACCCAAACCAGGACUGCCAUGACGGCUACGGCCUCAUGGAGUACAUGGGCAAGUACGCCUACAACAGCAUUGGAUCUCCGCUUCAGAUUAACGUGACAACGAUGGAUAAGAUGCCCGAGCUGACCCAAAUGACCGAGUUUUGCCACUGUGACAACGUGAACGCGACCAACUGCAUUUUGCCUAUGAACAACCGGAUGACGUCCUGCGUCGGCGUCUGUGGCUCCCUGUGUGCCGUAAGCUCCGACGAUGACCGUACGUACACGGAGUCUUGCUAUGGUGCUGUCAGUGCUGUUGCCAGUUCGACGUCAGGUAGCGGAGCUGCUGGCUCUGGUGAUGACUCGACGUGGGCUGAGCUGAACGCGUAUCUGGCUGCAAAUAUCCCCGUGACGGAAUGGACGCCUCUCAAUUACUUCCUCGUGAUAUUCGGUGGUGUAGUUGCUGUGCUGCUGAUCGUGGGCUUUAUCGUCGCUGGCUGCCGCGAACGGAGAUCUCGCAUUCCGAACCCACACACUGGCACGCCCCAUAUUGGACCGUACACUCCCGAGGUCCAUGGUGUUGCCCACGCGAUGGAGACAAACACCGGACGUCUGAGCUUCCUGGAUGAACUCAUGACGAACAAGCUGUGCAGUUGGGCCGUGUAUGUCUCGACCGGCAACCGACCGAAGAAGAUCAUCCCGCUCGUGCUGUGCGUCGUCGUAGCCUGCUGCAUUGGCCUGUACAACAUUGAAAUCGAGAUAGAUCCGAUCAAGUUGUGGGUGUCUACAUCCAGUACGUCGUACCAGGAACGCCAGCACUACGGUGACCUGUUCAACCCGUUCUACCGCUCCGAGCAGGUCAUCAUGGUGCCCAAAGACGGUGGCAACAUCUACCGUUCCGCCAUCUUGAAGGAGGCUAUCCGUGUCCAGAACGUGGCGGCUGAUGUGGUAUACUCGUCGGACGAUGGGGAGGAGACCAUCACUCUGGACGAUAUCUGCUGGAAGGCUACAGGUACUGGUUGUACUAUCAACUCUAUCACUCAGUACUUCCAGAACAACAUGGAGCACUUUGAGUUCUACGAGAAAUACGGUCUCGAGAUGGAGCACUUCAGCAAUUGUCUGUACUCUCCGACGACGUCGGAUGUGGCGCUGUGCACUGAAUUGAAGAAUGCGCUUAAGGACGGCGACUCGCUUCCCUCAACAAUGAGUGAUUGUCCCUGUUUGUCCACUUUCGGAUCGCCCAUGAAUCUGUACAACACGUACCUGGGUGGAUUCCCUGAAGGCGCUGAGAGCAACUACACGCUGUUUCUGGACUCGAUCGCGUUCGUUUCUUCGUACCUGAACUAUAACUACGCCGAUGACGAUAAGAAUGAGCCCGCGAUCAAGUGGGAACGGGAAUACAUCAAGACGAUGAAGAAGGAGGCAGAGUCCAACAAGGUGUUUAACGUCUACUUCUACGCUGAGAUCUCUGUCCAGGACGAGGUGGACGCAGAAUCGAGCAACGGUAUGGGUCCUGUGGCGUUGAGUUACUGCUUGAUGAUCAUCUACAUCUCGCUUGGUAUCAACCGCAUCAAGUUCAGUCGUGAGUUUUUCAUCUCGUCCAAGAUUGUCGCUGGUUUCUGCGGUGUGAUGAGUAUCGUGUGUGGUGUGGCGUCGACUAUCGGUCUCUAUAUGUGGUUCGGAGUCAAGCUGCAGCUGAUUAUUAUGGAGGUCGUUCCUUUCCUGUCGCUGGCAAUCGGUGUUGACAACAUCUUCUUGCUGAUCCACGCUAUGACUGAAAAGGAGGAUCAAAUGCGUCGUGAACAGCCCAGUCUCUUUGUUGGUCUCGAGCACAACCCGAAGGCGAUCGAGGAGAUCACCACGACGAUCGUGUCCGAGAGUCUGGCGUACAUUGGCCCCAGUAUUUUCAUGGCGUCUGCAGCGGAAUCAGUGGCGUUUGCCUUCGGUUCCAUCUCGGCGAUGCCUGUGGUGCUCUGCUGA